AUGGCGACUGAUCUGCUCGUCAUGAAGGAGACCCUUCGCUGGGAAGGUGCAGAUCCGGAGGUGCACCUGAAAGAACUUUCGAAGUUUGAUGAAUUCAAUUAUUGGAUCUCCGAGUACUUUGACACUCCGGCACCGGCUCAAAACGUGCUGGAUGCCUUAGCAAUCCUCAUGGGCUGGUCUGGCGAUGCCAAGCAAAUUGUGACUCAAAUCACCGGGCAGCGUCACACCGAGGACAAGAAGUUCCCGGAGAAGUUCAGCAAGUUUCGAGCUGAUCUUCAGGCAGCCACAUCUCUGUGCAGACGGGAGGCAGUCGAUGCUGUUCAAAGGUCCCAACGCCUCGGGAUGAGAAGCCCUUCGGCAGACGUCCGACCUGCAAUCGCCAAAGACUCUGGAGAGGCCGUCGGCUGCUUGAAUUUGCCGGACAUCCACGGCAAAGAGCCGACCUCCACGACAGCCAGGGAGGAGUCGCCCGAGCCGGAUGACCUUUCGACGGCCAUCGCCUUGAAGCAUCCUCUCUUCGAGGGCACUUCGCAGGAGUUUCGAACUGAGAUUGCGCUGAACAUGAAGCCCUUCCAGGUCAAGACUGUCGGUCAGCGUGAAGUCAAGACGGAAUAUGCCCGCGAGAUGUUCGAGAGCAGCCUUAUGAGACCCAGGGCUCGGGUCCUGCUGGUCCAGGGCCGUGCGCCGGAGACGCUGCCUGGCAUGCUCCUGACGCACCACAGCGACAGCCAUGUCUUCGAAGUCUUGUACAACAACAUCCCACUGGGACCUGAUGCAGAGGCCUACGUGCUCCCUUGCACAGCAGGGCAGGAAGUCGCGCUGGGCAUAACGGCGGUCAGUCCGUUCACGGUGCGCUUGCGCUCGGAGCCCAAGAGGGGCUUCCUCUUCGUCUCGGCAGACAUCCUGGAGAUUCUCUUCACAAGGUACUCCGCGGACUUCGGGAAGAUGAAGGACACGGCCUACAAGGCCGCCACGGGCUUCCUCAGAGCCUGGCUCACGAGAUACUAUGCCAAAGCCUACGUGAAGCUCUUCGUGAACUUGACAGACGAGUUCAGAUAUGCCCUUCUCACUCAUGCGAAAAUCCAACUGAUCAAGGCAGAAGCCAAAAUCUGCAAAGAAGGUGACGUGGGAGAUUCAUGCUUCUUUGUCUUUACCGGCGAGGCUGACAUUUACUGCAAGCAUGCCUUUGCUGGCCGCUUGUCACAACUCCCGGGAACCAAAGCCUGGGAAUCGUGGUGGGGUGCGCUGGAAGUUGGUGGCAGCUGUUUGAACCGCGUCGCUUCGGUUACGGCCUACACAGAUUGUGUCAUAUGGGAACUUUCGGCCAAAGCUAUUCGAGACUUGUGGCUACUCUUCCCGUAUGAGUGCAGCUUCUUCGACAAAGUUGCGAUGAAGCACCUGCAGUUGCUGUUUCCCUUCACGGAUCGAGUCAGUGAAAUCAACAUUUUCGAAAAUUGCAGUGCCGAGUUUUGCAGAGUGAUACGUGGCCUCAUGGUGCAGAAGGUGUACUGCCGCGAUGAGGUGGUCAUGCAAGAGGGCGAUGCGGGGGACGAGAUGUAUGUGCUCUGCGUCGGCAAGUGCAGCGUCUUUCGUGGCUACAACUCGGAGCCUUUGAGCCACCUGCAUCCUGGUAGUUGUUUUGGAGGGCUUGCCGUUCUAAACAUCACCAGACGUCGCACGGCAACCAUCAAGGCGGACUGCGUCUGCGACCUCCGGGCUUUGACGCGGCCGGCGCUGCUAGAGGCGCUGGCACAGUACCCGGGCGACAAGGACCGCGUAAGGGAGGUCAUCGAAGCGCACAGCCAGAGCAGGCAAGCCACUGCAUCGGCGCUGCAGCGUGCGGGUGCCAGUGAGGGCAGCUUCAGCAGCCAGUUUCUGCAGAUCCUUCUGGAUAACAUGCACGAGCAGCCCUUCCUACCGAAGCAGACGAUUUUGCAAGAGGGUAAGGAGCUCUUCAGUGUCGGCUUGAAACUCUCAGUAGCAGCAGCUGUGGAUGCUCUUCGGUUUUCCGAAGUCCCAAUCCGGCUCUGUGUCCAGGAGAGUUUUCUCACCGUCCUGCUGCAUGGAAUGGUCGAAGUGGAGGCUCUGCUCGGGCUUCCCCUCUUGCCGAGUCUUUCCGAGUGUUUGGGCCGUUUUGGGCAGGUCCGUGGCGUGCACAUCGCCAACAUCGUGGCACCGGCCAUCUUCGGCGAGCGCGGGAUCCUGGAGCCCGGGACGCCCUCUGCAGCCACGGUGCGGAGCUGCACGGUGUCGGAGUGCAUGGUCUUACCGGCCUCCAGCGCCGCGGUGCCGAUCGUCCGGGCUCGGCUCCCGGAGGACAUCGCACGCUUGGAGAGGAUGCUCGAGAAGAAGAUGGCGCUGACCAGGAAUCACUUGGCCAGCCCAGACGACAUGACUGUGGCAGCCGAGCAGCAAGACAAAGGGCUGUUUGGCGCAUGCGGAGCCGAGUUCCUGGCCCGCGUGUCGAACUACUUCGAGCGCCGGGUCUACCUUCCGAACCAGAACAUUCUGACAGAAGGCGAGGAGCCCCGAUACGGAGUGAUGAUCCAUCAGGGCACGGCCACCGUCGAGUCUCAGGGCGUCCUCAUUGCUGAGUGUGGCCCGGGAGAGUUCCUUGGCGAGGUGGCUAUCCUGGGCUUGUCGAGCACCUCCAGCGCCACAGUGAAGGCUCACACGAAGAUCGUCGCAUACACUGUGGAGGCGCAGUCCUUCAAAGAGGUUUUGGAUGAGUUCCCGGAAGAGAGAGUGAGGCUGAGGGAAAUCAUGGAGAAGCGCAUUGCGAACACCCAGAAGCCGGUCGAAGCCAGAGCGAGUAAGUCCCUGGCCAUGAAAUCCAAGUCGGUAAACAAGUUCCUGAAAGUCGUCAUCUCGCGGCGCACCUCCGUGGAUCAGCGAGCUGAAGCGGUCCCAGUGCCGAAAGUGGAGUUCGACACGACCAUCAGCGAGAAUACCAAAAGGACAAAGCUCCCGGGACCCUCGGAGGGUCGAGCUUGGGCAGAGCAGCGGAAAGGGGCGCUGACGGAGGCGAAGAAGAUACGCUGGCAGCGGAUGCAGGCGCAUGGCGACAUGGAGAGGCUCCCAGCAACCCAAGGCCUGCUGAACAAUGACAGGAAGGCGGCCAACGUCUAUGGGAAGAUGGUCUGGCAAGAGAUCUUCAAUCCGAGAAAAACGACGAUGACCGCGAUGACGCCUGUGAUGAUCACUGAUGGUAUCGCAUCAUCGCCAACGGAGCUAGAGAAGGAUGCGCAGGAACUGGAAGAAGCCCUGGAUGCGGCGACAAACGAUGCCGUUCCUGCGGAGCCUGCAGCUGUGCCGGUUAUGGAGGCAUCGCAGACCGAGAAGCAAAGGAUGGAGAGGGAUGCACCGGCGCCCAUGCCGCCUCCGAAGGACGCUGAGAAGCGGCCCUCCCGGGCGGUUCGCUUCCGCACGGCGAGUGUGUCGAAGGAGACCGAGACGGUCGCAAUGCCCGUGGCAAGCCCCACAACUUCCGUCCGGAGCAGCCCCGACUUGGAUGACGAGGCCCAAGCGUAG